UUUUUGGUCGGUCCAUUAACCCACCGGUCAUAAAUUUCACUUUCAACUUCCAGCAUAGGAAAACCUUCAAAACAUUCCCCCUAAAUAUUAGAAACUAAUCUUCACCGUCUAUCGAAUACUUAAAAAUGAUCAACGGCAGAUAUCCUUUAAUCCGUGUCACUCAAAUUGGACCAAUCACCGUUCAGUAUCUUUUCUUAUAAAUACCAAAUCCCAUUUCCCCCAAAAAUCCCACUGCCUCAUUCUCCCGCAAUUUCUGUAUUCUCUGUAAUUUCAAAACCUUAAAUUCCAUCAAUAUCAAUGGCCCCUAAAGCAGGAAAGAAGCUAGCAGAGAAGAAUCCAUCUGAUGCUGAAAAGAAGCCGAAAGCUGAGAAGAAGCUUCCCAAAGAAGCAACAGCACCAUCAACAGGCGUUAAGAAGAAGAGAUCAAAGAAGAGUGUAGAAUCCUACAAAAUCUACAUUUUCAAAGUUCUGAAACAAGUUCACCCUGAUAUCGGAGUCUCGAGCAAGGCGAUGAGUAUAAUGAACAGCUUCAUGAAUGACAUUUUCGAGAAGCUUGCUCAGGAAUCUGCUCGUCUCGCUCGAUACAACAAGAAGCCCACGAUCACCUCUCGUGAGAUUCAGACUGCUAUUAGGCUUGUUUUGCCUGGUGAAUUGGCUAAGCAUGCUGUUUCUGAGGGUACUAAGGCUGUUACUAAGUUUACCAGCUCUUAA